GUCAGCUGCGCCGGAAGUUCCUGGCCCGGCCUGUUGGUAACCUUGGGGUCUUCGCCGCCCGAGCAGCCACGGCCGCCGCGGGGGUGGGCUUUGCUAGUCCGAGCCUCAGCCGGGGCCAGGUCUGUUAGGUACCAGGAACCGCCGGGUUGUGCAGGAGUUCGCUGAGGUUCCCGGGGAGUAGGAACCGCGGGCGCAAGGCCGCCGAGCCGACAUGUCUCUAGUGGCAGAAGCCUUCGUCUCGCAGAUCGCAGUGGGCCAACAAACUGGUAUUUCUUUUGGAAACAUUUAACGGGCAUCUUACAUCUGUCUGUGAUAUUCAUGAAGUGCCCUCCUUGAGAACCUCAUUCAUAAGGAGAUCUUUUUGAAAGCCUUCUCUGAACUCCCCCAUUUAAAUGAACCACUUCUGUCUCUUUACCACUAGUGUAUCUCUCACCAAGUCCUCUCAAUUUUUACUCCUUAUUAUGACUCACUGCAGAACCUUGGCCUGAAAAUGCUACAUUAUAUCAGCAGCUGAAAGGGGAGCAAAUUUUGCUUUCUGACAAUGCAGCUUCUCUUGCUGUGCAGGCCUUUUUGCAGAUGUGUAAUCUGCCUGUCAAAGUGGUUUGCAGGGCAAAUGCAGAAUAUAUGUCUCCAUCUGGUAAAGUACCUUUUAUUCACGUAGGAAAUCAAGUAGUAUCGGAACUUGGUCCAAUAGUACAAUUUGUUAAAGCCAAGGGCCAUUCUCUUAGUGAUGGGCUGGAUGAAGUCCAAAAAGCAGAAAUGAAAGCCUACAUGGAAUUAGUCAACAAUAUGCUGUUGACUGCAGAGUUGUAUCUUCAGUGGUGUGAUGAAGCUACUGUAGGGGAGAUCACUCAUGCUAGGUAUGGAUCUCCUUACCCUUGGCCUCUGAAUCAUAUUUUGGCCUAUCAGAAACAGUGGGAAGUCAGACGUAAGAUGAAAGCUAUUGGAUGGGGUAACAAGACUCUGGACCAGGUCUUAGAAGAUGUAGACCAGUGCUGUCAAGCUCUUUCGCAAAGACUGGGAACACAACCAUAUUUCUUCAAUAAGCAGCCUACUGAACUAGAUGCACUGGUAUUUGGCCAUCUGUACACUAUUCUUACCACACAGUUGACCAAUGAUGAACUUUCUGAGAAGGUGAAAAACUAUAGCAACCUCCUUGCUUUCUGUAGAAGAAUCGAACAACACUAUUUUGGUAAAGUCAGCUCAUCCAUCAAAUUAUCUUAGAGUUAUGUGUUAAUUUAGUUAUUAUUUUUUAAAAGUUUAACUUUUGAAAUACAUGUUACUUGAAUGAUGUAAUAGAUAAUGGUAUCAGAAUUUUAAAACCAAAAAUACUGCUUUUCAAAACCUCAAAACAAAUUACAUAAUGUAUCGUAUAUGUGUACCUUAUACUGCUAUUUGUGUAUAAUUAAAAUAAUUUUGAAUGAUUUCAUUUGAUAUGUUGUACUCUAUAUCUUGAAAUUUUUGGUUUAUUUGACAGAUGUAUGCAUAUCAGAAUAAAGUUCAAACAACUGU